AUGAUAUUCGAUUCUACAAACGAAUGGUACGAGGCUUUGAUGGCAGCAAAGAGAGGCGAUACUCUUGCUCCUUCAACGGAAAAAACUCCUAAAGAUGGCGCCGGUGGAUCCAAGCCAACACCAUCCUCGACCCCUUCUAAAAAGUUUCUAAGGCUUUCGAAAAGGCCUAUAAUGAUUGGCGCCGGCAUUGUGAGUGGUGUUGGAAUGAUGACAAAAUUGGUGACAUCAAAUUUAACGGAUGAUGCCAGCAAAUUGCCCACUCGACCAACCACUUCCCCAUUAGAGGCCCAUCACGACGUUGGUUCUUCUGUUGAUACACAUGAAUGGACAAACACAAAUUUGAAUCAACAGAGCACUAACAACACGCACGCUACAAAUAUUUAUCCGGUUUUGUGUGGGGAAAAUGAUUCUGAGUUCACUGAUGUUGUAGAAUUGUUUGCACCGCCAACAACAGAGUUUUCUGCAUUUGGGAUUUCAGAGCUCUCUGACAACACGAUGAACUUUUAUCCGAUUCUACCUGGUGAAAAUGUUGAAUACGGUGGAUUUCAAGAAUGCUCGAGUUCAGCAGGGGAUGUCGAGUUCUUUUCGUUUACCGAGUGCUCUGAUGUUUCGGAUUUUAGCCUGGAUUUC